UCUAACGGCUGACAGGCUUUCUUUAGCUGAUUUCCAAGCGAGUGUGAAUACUUAACGGAACAAUGUUACAUCCAGAAAUGGUCCGACUUCUGACAGAGGGAGACGUAUUAGUAAAAAGCUGUGAUGAUGCCAGUGUGACAGGAGACUCACUGUGGCAGAGAAAGGACGGAAACCCGUUCAACUUUAGCCCGCAGCUCAUCCAACUGCACCAGGACCACGAACUGCUAGAGGAUGGAGACGUUCACAGACACAUGUAUCUACAAGACCUUUACAUCUCAGAGCCAGACGACAAGCCCACACUCAGUGUGUCUGAGUUUGCCUGUCACAUUUCUGGAUGCAGUGCCGUCCAUAGCACUUUAGAGGAAUACGAGCACCACUACAACUCUCUACAUAGACAUGUGUGCUGCUCCUGUCGUCGCUCCCUGCCGACCGCUCGCCUCCUUGACAUUCACAUUGUGGAGUGGCACGACUCUCUAUUUGCUGUCCUCGCCCAGAGGCAAGAUAUGUACCAGUGUUUGGUGGAAGGCUGUGGACAGAAAUUCAGGACAAGUAAACACAGGAAGGAUCACCUAAUAAAAAUUCACGAGUACCCUCCAGACUUCAGAUUUGACCAAACCAAAAAAGACAAAGGAGCUGGAGAUACGAAGCAACAGCAGCAGAGAGACACAGCAAUGGAGGUAGUGGACGAUGUGUGUGAGUCUGAAGGUGUGUGUGAGGUUAUGUGUGAUGUGGUGUCUGUGCAAAGUGAGCAAGCGGAAUCCAUGGAGACGCAUGUGUCCGAGGAAGAAGCUGCUCAAAUGGCAAAAUCUGCAUCUGAUGAGGAUGCCGAGCAUACAGAUUAUGCAGUGGGAGUUCACAGCACCGCUGAUACAAGCGCAGAGUCACUGAAACCACGAUACUCCUACAGGGUCCCAACAAACGUGUGCUUUGGUCACAGCUCCGUCCGAGGUUUCAGAGGACGGCGCGGAAGGAGGAAAUGAAACAAUGAACAGAUGUGUCACUUGUACUAUAGACUUAUUUAUAUACUUCUACUGCCAAAUGUGUCCUUAACUUGAAAUAAAAUAG